AGCAACAAGGAAAGAGUGGGAGGGACUGAUGCUCUUUUCACCUCCCCCCCCUUCCCCCCAAUCACUGCCCAGGAGGCUGUUGUGGCCACAUGAAAACCUCCUGGUGGCCGCAUUUGAGAAACGUUGCACUAGACUGCCCGGUACCUGAGUAUACUUUGUCCAGAUGUAGCUGCAUCAUUUUCAUUCAAAAUAAACAUUAAGAUGAGCAAUUUUUAAUUGCAACAAAUCUUGGAAUGCUUUUCGCUCAAUAAAACAACCUUUUGAUUUACUGAAUUUGUAAAUGAAACCGACUUGUAAAUCCUGUUUAUAAAAAGUCUACUGGGAGAAAUGUUAGUGCUUUCCUUGUCUAGUUAGGCAGGUGUGAUAAGACCUCUUCUGACACACUUCUUUUUUAUAAAUGCAGAACCACAUCAACAGUAACCAUUUACGGAGGGCAGAGCAAGAGGUCACCAAUCUACAAGGAAAGGCGCAAUAUCUUUCUGCGCAGAACAAAGGGCUUCUUGCUCAGCUGAGUGAAGCAAAACGUAAACAAGCAGAGACUGAGUGCAAGAAAGAAGAAGGAAAAAUUCAAGGGCAGCUUAAUAACUCUGACUCUAACCAGUAUAUUAGAGAACUGAAAGAUCAGAUAGCAGAGCUGAAUGAUGAGAUCAGAUGCCUAAAAGGCCAGAAAGGCUUCUCCGACCAACCCACUUUUGAUGGGAUUCACAUUGUCAACCAUUUGAUAGGAGAUGAUGAGUCAUUUCAUUCUUCUGAUGAAGAUUUUAUAAGUAACUCCAUACAGGAGGAUAGGGUCCGUUUUCAUUUACACAGAAGGACUGGACAGAUGACUUUGGCCCCAACUGUGGUAGAUAGCAGUGACAGUGAUACUGAAGAAGGUGUUCUAGACACUGGGGAUACGGACAAGAUUAUUCCAAAGCAAAAGAACCAGCAAAGAAUGGAAUCCUACUCUACUACUGUGUGAUCAUCACUGUGACUAGCAUCUAAGACUUCAGAUUUCUUUUAAUGACUAAAAUGCCCAGCGCUUGGAUUAGAUAGCUAUUGUGGCUUAUCUGACACAUUUUAUAUAUAAUAUAUGUAUAUAUGUAUACACACACUUUACUGUUUGCCUUCUACCUUUGCCAAAUCUUCAUCACUGACAUACCAUAGAGUAGAUUGGGAAGAAGUUGAUGGAUGACUGUUCUAACAGUAUUACUGAAUGUUCCUUGUUUUAGAAAAUGCAAAUAUAUAAUUUCUUUAAAUGCAUAACCAUUUUGCCAUUCAUAAACUUGGGAAAUCUUUUCUUCAAAAGAAACUGCUCUUGUGCAAUAUUUUAUACUCCGUGAACUAAUGUGUUCUUUUUACAUUGUUAUCCAUUUGUGAUCAAGAUAGACGUUCGCAAACUGGCUGAUCAUGGUGUAUGUCUGAUUAUUUUUUGUUGUUUGACUGUUUGGUUUUAAUUAAAAAUAACUAUUAUUGGAGACCCAUAAAAGGCUCCAAACACAAGCCUUUAUUUCUUCUGUUUUUAAAUACAAAUUAAUGGUCACAAAUGUCCAAAAGGUUUUUAAAAUCAUUCUGACUUUUUUUUAUUUUUUUGUGCACCUGCUAUUGAUGUGUUGCUAAUAAAAAACCUGGUCAAAGUA